CCAUACUGAAACACUCAGACAGAAAUCACACGUGCAUGUGCAAAGUAGGAAUAACUUUUACUUAAUAACUAUUUUAAACACAAAAAGGGACACUGCAACUCUUAUGAGGAAUCUCUCAGAAAAGUGGAGACAAAGAUUUUGAAAGAAGACUUCUUAAAGCAUGUGUGUAUGUUUGAAAUACACUGCUUCCCAGUAUUUUUGCCUUUAGUAUAUUCUCAGUUUAGCAUUACAGUAUAUAGGCAUUCAUAUGUAAAAUCUACCAAAAAGGCUUUUUUCUUUCUUGUUUUCUUGAUAGGGGAACUUUUUACAAACAUGUCCUAUGCUAUGCUUCGUUCAGCUCACAGCAGGUUUCUCUAUUCUGAGAUUAACAUGAUGUCAGAGGAUGAGGAGAAUGGUAGCGAAAGCUCAGGUUCUGAUGACAAAUCUUUUCACAUGGAUGCAUCGGGAUACGAGCUGAAAGUUGGAAGUAAGAGGAAGUCCGGGAGUCGGAGAGAUUCUCAGCAUAUGUCAGGUGACAUACGACAAAGGAGUGCAGCAAAUGCACGUGAACGAGACCGUACAAAUAGUGUCAACACUGCAUUCACAGCACUAAGGACUCUUAUUCCCACAGAGCCAGCUGACCGUAAGCUCUCAAAGAUUGAAACAUUGCGUUUGGCUUCCAGUUACAUCUCCCACCUAGGAAACGUGUUACUGGUUGGAGAAGCAUGUGGAGAUGGGCAACCCUGCCACACCACCACCUCCUUUUAUCAUCACAGUAGUCCUGGAAGAGACAGUGAGAACUCACAGCCGAAACAGAUCUGCACCUUCUGUCUCAGCAACCAGAGAAAGAUGACUAAAGACCGUGACAGAAAAACAGCCCUAAGAAGUUAACGAUGGAAAAACUAAUAAUUUUGGAAAAACAAACUCUAAAUGAAGUAAUUAACUUCAAGAAGAAAUUUCAGGAAAAGAAAACAUUACAGAAGAUGGACAUCUUGUAAACAGUGCUUGGGAGAUUACUACAUCAUAUUGACUGUGUGGCUUCUUUUUGGAUUUCACAAGUAAAUGGAAAUUUUGAUCCUUAACCCAAAAAGCAUCUUUCCUUGUGAUGGUUUACUUCAACAUUUUAAUAUAACAGUUUUAAACAAUUAAACAUAUUCAUUUGCUGACAGUAAGAAGAAGUGCCAUUACAAAAGUCAGAUGAAAUAAUUCUUCUACUGAUACCUAAUGAGAAAGGCAGAAGAAAAAUAAUUCAAUAGACAUUCUUUGAACUUCAGUUUUAGGAAGGGUGUACUUAAAAGGUUUCUGAAACAGACAAAUUUGAAAGUAUGAGAAACACUUUAAAUAUGAAUAAUUCUUCUAGUAAUAAAAUGAUCUUUUCAUGCCUUU